GCGGCGCGCCCGGCCACUGCGUCUCUGCGCGGCGCCGGACGAGCCGCGACCACAAGAUGGUGUACAACUUCAAAGUGUUCAAGAAGUGCUCCCCCAACGGCAAGAUCCUGCUGUACAUGCCCAAGCGGGACUUCGUGGAUCACAUCUCAUACGUGGAGCCGAUCGAUGGCAUCGUGGUGGUGGACGAGGAGUACGUGAGCGACCGGCGCGUGUUCGCGCAGGUGGUGUGCACGUUCCGGUACGGGCGCGAGGAGGACGAGGUCAUGGGGCUGUCGUUCUACAAGGAGCUGUACCUCGCGUCCGAGCAGGUGUACCCGCCGCUGCAGCAGCGCCCCGCCGACCUCAGCCGCACGCAGGAGCGGCUGCUGAAGAAGCUGGGCCCCAGCGCGCUUCCCUUCCGGCUGACGCUGCCGGCCGGCUCGCCCGGCUCCGUGGCGCUGCAGCCUGGCCUGGAGGACGAGGGCGAGCCGUGCGGCGUGCACUACUACGUCAAGCUGUUCGUGGGCGAGACUGAGAUCGAUCGCAUGCACCGCCGGAGCACGGUGGCGCUGGGCAUCCGCAAGGUGCAGUUCGCGCCCGACAAGCCGGGCCCGCAGCCCUGCACCGUGGUGCGCAAGGACUUCGUGCUGUCGCCGGGACAGCUGGAGCUGGAGCUCACGCUGGAUAAGCAGCUGUACAUCCACGGCGAGACGGUGGCCGUCAACAUCAGCAUACGCAACCACAGCAACAAGGUGGUGAAGAAGAUCAAGGCCAGCAUCCUGCAGACGGUGGACGUGGUGCUGUUCCAGAACGGCCAGUACCGGAACGUCGUCACGGGAGUCGAGACGCAGGACGGCUGCCCGCUGCAGCCCGGCGCCAGCAUGCAGAAGGUGGUGCAGCUGCGGCCGGCGCUGGGCGGGCUGCGCGACCGGCGCGGCAUCGCCCUCGACGCGCAGCUCAAGCGCGCCGAGACCACGCUCGCCUCCACCACGCUGCUGCUGGACCCGGAGCAGCGUGACGCGUUCGGCAUCGUGGUGAGCUACAGCGUCAAGGUGAAGCUGUACCUGGGCGCGCUAGGCGGCGAGCUGAGCGCCGAGCUGCCCUUCAUUCUCAUGCAUCCCAAGGACGGGCGCGCGCGGCUGGUGGCGGCCGACAGCGAGGCGGACGUGGAGAUGUUCCGCCAGGACACCGUGCUGCACCAGGAGAGCGUCGAGGUGUACUGAGCCGAGCGCCGAGCGCUGAGCCUGAGCACUGAGCGCUGAGCCUGAGCACUGAGCGCUGAGCCUGGGCACUGAGCAGCCCUCCGCCGAACAGUAAUAUCAUAUACUCCAGAACAUUGUAUUUUUCUAUUUAUUGUGCUAUUCGUACUUUUUAGAUAUAUAUUUUUGAUUAUAAGUUGAUAUUUUUGCUAAUAGUCACAUCCUCGAAUGUUUAUUAAAUGCUUUAUUAUUAAAUCGAUUAGUUGUUUGUUGUCUAUGAGCAACUCUUUAUUUAUUUAUCAUAGGUUCUGUGAUCUCAAUAGUGUAUUGAUAACAUCAUUGGUACAAUGGUGUCCAACGCCUCGAUCGGGACAGUCAACGUUGACAGUGUGUGUGUGUACCUACGCCUCUCUUCAUCGCUGAAUAAUUAUAACAACUAGGUACGAACGCCUAAGCUUGCUUUUUAAUAAUUUAUAAUGUUGUUACCAAACUAACUUUUUAUUAAUUGAAAUAUAAUAAAAUAUUAUACCUAUUCA